AUGGUGGGAACUAGUUCAAGAUCAGAUCCUGAAGAAUCAAAUACAGAAACAGACGAUUUAUAUAUUCGUGUCAACGUGCUCAACGAAAAGGUAAAUAAGCAAAUCAAAAUGCUUGAGCAUACCGAGGAUUUAGUAUACAAAUUUGAAUCCAAAUGGACAGAACAACAAACAAGAACCGAGGAAACGAUGAAACAAAUAUUAUCAAGACUUGAUGAACUUUCUAAAGAUAAUCAAGAUCGAGAUGCAAGACGUCUUCACGAUCCUCAAGAACAACCUGCAGGCAAUCCGGAUCGAGAUGGGAGACGUCAUCACAAUCCUCAAGAACAACGAGAAUUCUAUGAUGUCAACAAUUAUGAUCGUAACCCAAGAGAUAGGAAUAAUAGACCUUACCAUAUACACAAAAGUUUCACCAGAAUCGACUUUCCUAAAUUCGACGGCAAUGAUGUUGAUGGAUGGAUUUAUGCAGCUGAAGAGUUUUUUGAAGUCGAUAAUACUCCUCUUGAUAUUCAGCCAAGAAUUGCUCGUCUACAUUUCAAAGAUAAGGCAAGAUUAUGGUAUACAAAUUUUCGAAAUCAUUUAGAUGCAAAUUUUGUUAUUACUUGGGAUUUUCUUAAAACAGAAAUUAAGAAAAAAUUUGGACACACAAUUUUUGAUGAUCCUAUGGGUGAACUAAUGAAUCUCAAACAAGUCGGUCCAAUUAAUGAGCAUAACGAUAAAUUUAUUGAGAUUUCAUAUAGGCUUCCCCUAAUGCCGAAUGAUUACAUGCUAAACUGUUACUUAGGUGGAAUAAGAAAAGAAAUUGCUAAUUCUGUUAGACUUUUACAUCCUAAUUCAUUGAAUGAUGCUAUGGCAAUGGCUAGAGUUCAAGAAGCAACAUAUGAUUCUUUAAAAGUCUAUCUACAUAAUAAUGGACCUCCCUUAUUACCUACUCCUAAGCCAACAAAAUUUCAAUGGAAUAAUAAUAAUCGUAGAAAGGAUUAUAAGAAAUUGGAUCCCAAGUUUAUGGCAGAAAAAAGAGCAAAAAAUGAGUGUUAUUAUUGUACUGAAAAAUUUAAUUCUACUCAUAAAUGUAAAGGAGAAUUUUAUAUGUUGGAAAACUCUGAACUUAUAGAUGAAUCACAACCUGAAUUAGAUGAUCUACUAGCUGAAGAUGUUGAUGAAUUAUCGGGAAUAUCCUUGAAUGCUAUCAAUGGUCCAUCAUCAUAUAGAACUCUUUGUCUUCCUGGAAAAAUAGGAAAAAUAAAUGUUGAAAUACUAAUCGAUUCAGGAAGUACACAUAAUUUCAUAAAUUCUAAAUGGCUUCCUCAUAUUAAAGACAAAUUGAUUAAGACAUCUACCUUUUCAGUAUCUGUUGCUGAUGGAAAUCAAUUACCUAGCUGUCUUAUGUAUCAACAGAUAUUAUGCACUAUACAGGAUUAUGAAUUCAUGACAGAUCUUAGAGUACUAACAAUGCCUAAAUAUGAUGUUAUAUUAGGCAUUGAAUGGUUGGUGUCACUUUCAGACAUACAUUGUGAUUUUUUACACCAAAAAUUCUCAUUCUUACAUAAAAAUGGUAGAGUCACUCUUAGAGGAAAUUCUGAUGCUGAAAUCUGUAGUAUUUUAGGAGCUCAUAAUUUUAACAAAUAUAAGAGACCCACUACUAUACUAAUUGAUGAACCUUUCAAACCUCAUUUUUAUUCCUUAGCCACAAAUAAUGAAUAUGACUUACCUAAGGAAAAACUUGAUUCAAUGUUAGACGAAUUCCAAGAACUAUUUCAAGAGCCAAAAGGAUUACCUCCACAUAGACCACAUGAUCAUUGUAUCCACCUAAAAGAGGGAUCAACUCCAAUUAGUCUUAGUCCAUACAGAUACUCUGCAAUACAAAAAACAGAAAUAGAAAAAUUGGUAUCUGAAAUGUUGGAAUAA